UUUUACAUCUUAAGCCAUGUGUUCUUGUUAACAUUACGUCAAUUUUUUAAUUUUUUUCUUAAGAAAUAGUGUGGUGAAACGACGUCUCUUUGGGACUUUUUAAUAUAAAAAUAGGAAUCACACGUUAUUUAUUUAUAUUAUGUUAAUACGUAUUGUAGAGGUGCCGUUAAAACAGCUGUUUACAUCGUCUUUUAUAACGUGUUACUUCAAAAUCAUGUAUCGUUAUUUAAUUGAAUUAUCCUAUAUGGGAACAAGAUUUCGGGGUAUGCAAAGAAACAUAAUUAAAUCGGGUAAAUUGAGUAUAGAUACCACAACAGUACAAGGAUGUCUAGAGUUGGCGUUGCGAGUAUUCCGCCCGGUAAAUGAAAUAAACACUAUACUUUCAAGUCGUACUGACUCUGGUGUUCACGCUUUGCAUACCGCAAUACAUGUAGAUCUUCAACGUUGCGAUAAUACGCCUUAUGAUGUUCAAGCGAUAACAGGUGUGUUAAAUCGCACUCUAAACAAACAGAGUUUGCCUAUACGGAUUCUAAAUACACGCAUUGUACCGGAAACCUUCCAUUGUCGUUAUAAUGCUUUAGGACGUACGUAUUUAUACCGCAUCGCAGUAGCGAAAUCAAAUCUUGUAACUCCAAAUGGUUCAAGAAAUAAGAAUUUUGAAGUUUAUUUACCCGUUGAGGAGUUAGAUCGUUGCUUUUUUAUACAGGAUCCCAACUUUGAUGUGCAACGUUUUAUAGAAGCCUCACGCUUAUUAGUUGGCCGUCACGAUUUUCGCACAUUUAUGAGUACCGUUCGGGACAAAAAUGCCCGCGCUUCACAUCCCAUGUUCACUGUGCGUGAUAUCGAUGAAAUUAAUAUAAAACCUGGAAAAACUGUAGCUGUUGGUAGUAAUGCUGAAUUAGCAGAAAGUCUUUACAAUUACUGGGAUAUCGAAAUUAAAGCGAAAUCAUUUCUGUAUAAACAAGUACGACGCAUGGUCGGCUGUUUGGUGGCAGUGGCUACCAACCGCAUUAAUGAAAAAUCUCUUUACGAAAUGGUGACCAUACCUUCCAAGAAUAAUUGGGAUCAUCGAGUUUUAUUAUCACCAGCAUUUGGUUUAUAUUUAAGUCGUGUUCACUAUAACGUCAAAGAUAUGGAAUUUCUUGCUAACGACCCUGAAACAUCAACAUGAGUCUCCUGCAACAAUUACAAUU